AAUGCACAUUAUAAAACUCCUCAACGUCCUCUCUUUGUGGGACACAACCCCAGAUGGUAAGAGAAACACAUCCCCCAAAAGUGCAGCCAAAGAAGCCAAGAAAAAUCAUUAAAUAAAAGAGAUUUUGAUCUCAUGAUUAUUAUAUAUAUAAAUAUUCCACCAUAGGAAUAUAUCUCUCUCUCUCUAAACAUAUCUCUAACCCCUUCUUACUUGUCUAUUCUUUCUUUUGCUCUUUUUCAUUGUUUUCUUCUUCAGCAGUGUUAACUUCACUUCAUGCACUUGCCCUCUUCUCAUCAACCAUGUCAAAUCAAGAGUUCCUUCUCUCCAAAGAAGAUUUGAGCGAUUUCGAGAUUGUGAAGAGACACACGUUGGAGUUCCUGAGUGAGAGCACAGAAACCCUUUCAAGCAGUAGUUCCAACUCUGAAGAAUUCCAACAGAUCUUUAGAAUAAGAGUUCCCAAACAAGGUGAUUCAGAAUCAGGCACUUCAACAGUACUCAAAGAGGAAAAUGAAGAUGAAGAAGAUGGGUUCAAAACUCCAACAUCUUUGGACCACAAGAUUUCAGUGCCCUCACAGUGCCCACCUGCACCAAGAAAAACCAAACCCUCUCUGAAAAGAAAAGCAUCUUAUUACAACAACCACUGCAACUGCAAAUACCCACUUGAUCUGUCUAAAGAGGUGUUUGAAUUAUUGUUCCCAACCCAACAACAUGUUAGUCCACUCUCUACCUCACCACAAAGCUCCAAGAAAGUUCGAAGACAUGAACACAAAUGAUGCAACAUGGUUUGAAAUUGCGGUUCGCAAUGACAACAAGUAUUUUCCACUCGCGGCAACAACAUCCCCACCAUAUUUUUCUCAUAAUUUCUCGCAAUCUCAAGAAUUAUACCGCAACUGCAAUUUACAACCAUUGAUACAACUUUGGUGCAAAAACUACAUGUGCCAUACAGUUUCUUGCGUUCUGGCUUUCGGCUAAAGGAUACCUGAGUUCGCCAAAAGAGAAAAUACAGUUUGUGUGCAUAACUCAUGACAGGUGCAAAAUUUUGGUCAGUGCCAAUUUUCUUUUUGGUGGUUAAUUAAUUUGUCUUGGGUUGGACCUUAAUUAUUUCUUUGUUCCUGUUGAGAUUUUAAUUUUAGUAUAUAUUCUAUGAGCAAUUUGUUAAGGUGUAAUUAAGCCAAAAAGAUAAAGGUCUUGGAAAGAUUACUGUGAAGUAUGAGUGGCAGUUUGUAGAAUUUCUAACUUUACUACUGUUCCGACCAGUUACUUUUGUACCAGUUAAGAUAUUGUUGGUGCUCCUACAUAAAUAUAUAUACUUCAGCCAUGUUAAAGGAAGAGAAUUUAUUCCGAUGAGUUUAUUUUUUAACACAAAGAUAACAAAAUCAAGAUUCAUCUUAAUUAAAGUGUUAAAUUUGCUUAUCAUCGUUUCCUUUCUGAGAUUCUUCCUUCCGGUUUACACUUACAAGUUGUCUUCGGAUUCCAAAAAGAUUGAGGAAGCAGAAACAGUUGCUAAUACUCGAAACCUGAAUGAUUACGAUCUUGCACUGGCAUGUAGUGAAUUUGAUUGUACAGAAAUUCAUA